AGGGGUUAGUGGUUAGCAAAUAAGGUAGGGGAAAGACUCUUCACUAGCACCGCAUUUUUUAUUGCAGUAAUAAGGUAAUCAUAUCUGUUACCGGUGUCAGUAAGUGAACGGUAGUUACGCUACGAAUCGGCUUGCGUACUUUUUGUUUUAAAAUUCGACCCAUUUUUGUGUUUUAAAUUUCAGUGGUUUAAAAGUAUUAGCAAUGUCUGAGAAUACAAGUAUUACAUGCAAUAUUUGUGUUGAAAGUAUAAGUGGUAGCAAAAAUGUGGUAAAACGAGAAACGAUCAAAAAUGGAAACCUCACGUUAUGGAGAAAUGAACAAAAAGAAAUUGUGUUGCUCCUUACACGUUCAAAGAAAGAAACGAAGUUUGUGCUGUAUGAUAUUCAAAUUCACUGCAAGUUUAUGAAGGAAGGAAAAGGAUCCAUUACUCUUACAAAUCAUAAUGUUAGUUUCCUUUUAUCAAAUUGUCCACCAAAAAACUUGCGACAAUUCUUUAAAGUUUUGUCCGUAAAGAUGACUCGUUUUAAGCAGCAACACAACAAGAUCACUGACAGGAAGAAGUUGCUUAUGACAUCACAAAUAAAUGAGAUAAGUCCAUUAAAUGAGGGAGAUAUUGCCUCAGUGAACAAAAUGCGACAAACCAUUGCUACAUCUAAACUUGCAGAUGGAAUAAACCGUAAGAGGAAACUAGAAUUAACAACGAACAAUCAGACCAUGAAAAAUGCAGGACCACCUCCUAAAAAGACAAUGUUGACUUUAAAGACAGAAAAUCUUAACAGUGAUCAGAAAAAGGUUAUAAACCUUGUCAAGCAAGGUAGAAAUCUUUUCUUUACAGGAAGUGCUGGAACUGGAAAAUCAUUUCUACUUCGCCACAUUGUAGGUAUAUUACCACCAGGACAAACAGCAGUCACAGCAAGCACUGGUGUUGCAGCAUGUCACAUAGGUGGGGUGACCCUUCACUCAUUUGCUGGUAUAGGGAGUGGUAGUGCUUCUAUUGAAAACUGCAUUCAAUUAGCAAAAAGCAGACCUGCUGUUGUAAAGCAGUGGAAAGCAUGUCGACAUUUGAUUAUUGAUGAAAUAUCAAUGAUCAGUGGUGACUUCUUCGAUAAAAUUGAAGCAGUUGCGAGAGCUGUCCGAGGAUCAAUGGACCCAUUUGGUGGAAUUCAAUUGAUUUUAUGUGGAGACUUUUUUCAACUACCUCCAGUGUCAAAAGGAAAGGAAACGGUCAAACUUUGUUUUCAAAGUAAAUCUUGGCAACCUUGUGUGGAUGUUUGUUGGGAGUUAAAACAUGUAUAUCGGCAGACAGACACAAAGUUUAUUCAAAUGCUUCAGGAUAUUCGAAUUGGAAGAUGUACUGCAAAAAUUGAAGAGGUAUUGAAAGCAACAAAACUGAACAAAACAGAAAACAAUGGAAUUUUAGCGACACAACUUUGUACACAUAAGGAAAAUGUGCAGUUAUGUAAUAAAAAUCAACUGGAAAAACUGCCAAGUGACCCAAUUGUGUACGAAGCCCAAGAUAGUACAACUGCUUUCACAGAUAUUAUAGAUAAGAUGCUGCCUGAUACUAAGAUAAUAACACUAAAGAAAGGAGCUCAAGUUAUGCUGAAUAAAAACUUAAACGUUGGUAAAGGGAUGGUUAACGGUGCGAGGGGAAUUGUAACAGGAUUUACAAAAUCAGAACAACCAUUGCCAAUUGUUCGAUUUCUAAAUGGUGAUGAACAUACUAUUAAGUUAGAAUGCUGGACUGUAAAAGUUGUGUGUGAUCUAAUUGUAGUUCGUAAGCAAAUUCCUUUAAAGCUUGCUUGGGCAAUUUCAAUCCACAAAAGUCAAGGAAUGUCAUUAGAUUGUGUUGAGAUGUCAUUAUCUCGUGUGUUUGAAUGUGGCCAAGCUUAUGUUGCACUAUCAAGAGCCAGAAACCUGGAAGGGCUGCGGGUUUUAGAUUUUCAAGCUUCCUGUGUGAGAUCCAAUGUUCAUGUUCUCAGGUUUUAUCGCAGAAUUCGACAGGAACAGCAUGCUAUAUACUAUAAUGUCACAACCGGUAUCGCAGAGUAAUGUUAACUGUGCUAAAUUCUAUCAGCUUUUAGAUCAAUCUGUAUGGCCUGCCCAGUAGGUUUAUUUUAAUGUUGUGAAAUUGAAAUGUGCUGUCCAAUAUUUUAAUGAUCAUUGCAUUGGAAUCAUGUAAUUUUAUUGACAGUUCUAUCUUGUUAUGUGUACUAUUUGUAGCAAUGAUAUAAUAUAAGCAUUUUCAGGAACAUGAUGAAUGCACUGUAUGCAAUAACAAAAUAAUGUUACACAGAUCACAAAAUGCAAAUAAAGUGUUGUAAGUUUU